AUGGGCUGGUCGUGGCCGUGCCUCAAGGAGAGGCUUCAAUGUCCAAAGGAUGAAGAUGCAAAUUACGAAAACACCACCUGGUGUAACCGCGAUUUGAUUCCUAUUCCGCCAGAUCGUCGAACAUAUGGAGUCUGGUCCUAUUUUGGAUACUGGACCGUGUCGGGAUCCUGCAUCUCUGCAUGGUCGACCGGUAGCACCUUGCUCGCUUUUGGGCUCAGUCCACAGCAGGCGAUAGCGGUUGUGGUCGUUGGUGGAAUUCUAGCUGGCCUCCUUGCCGUUGCAUGCGGCUGGAUGGGAGAAAACCACUAUAUCGGAUUCACGGUUUCAAGCAGAUUCUCGUGGGGAAUGAGAGGGUCAUAUUUUCCUGUUAUCUUGCGCAGCUUCGUCUCUUGCAUGUGGUUUGGCAUGCAAGCAUUUUGGGGUGGGCAGGCAACUCGUGUCAUGAUAGGCGCUGUCAUACCUGGUAAGGCCAUCGUUCUUGAUUCAGAUGGACGUCCCUUUUCUGACAUACAUGUUGAAGGCUUUGCUCAUAUGCCAAAUUAUUUUGCUGCCAGCUCCCACCUACAAACCAAGGACUUCAUUGGGCUUGUCAUCUGGAUGUGUGCAUUCAUUCCCGGAUUGCUUAUUCGGCCCGAGAAGUUGCAAUUGCCUUUUGUGAUUUGCUUCACAUUUUUCUGUGGCUCGUGUUUUGGUUUACUGAUCUGGAGCGUCUCCCAGGCCCACGGGCCAGGAAGCAUGUUUCAAAAGCCAGCUUCAGCGCCGAAUGUCGGUUGGGCAUUCAUGUUCGGAAUUACCGCGAUCCUCGGGUCCUGGGGAUCAGGAACCCUCGGCCAGUCGGACUGGACUCGAUAUGCCAAGCGAAGAUUCGCUCCGACUCUGUCUCAACUGAUUGCUUCUCCAUUGACUAUUGCCGCAACAGCUACCAUUGGAAUCAUUGUUACUAGUGCCUCGCGUGAUAUCAUGGGUGGUGAAAUUGAGUGGAAUCCCAUUUACCUGCUGGCUGACAUUCAAGAUUUCUAUGGUUCGAGCCCGGGGGUUCGUGCUGGUGUGUUUUUCGCUAGUAUUGGAAUGGUCUUUUCUCAGUUUUCGAUCUCGGUUGUUUUGAACUCGGUAUCGUGCGGUAUGGACUUGGCAGGUCUAUGGCCGAAGUACAUCAACAUUCGAAGAGGCGGAUAUAUCAUGGCAUGCAUCGGCAUAGCAGUUCAGCCAUGGCAACUUCUUUCCACUGCAGAGAAGUUCCUUUCAGUAUUAAGCGGUUUCGGUGUCUUCAUGGCCCCAGCAACCGGAAUAAUGCUCGCAGAUUAUCAUAUUGUUCGAAGAUACAAGCUCAAACUCGGCGAUCUGUACCUUGGCGACAGCUCCUCUAUAUAUUGGUUUGCCGAUGGAGUCAACUGGAGGGCUUUCAUUGCCUUCCUCUCAGGCAUGUGGCCACUCUUGCCUGGGAUGGUUGCCACGGUCAAUUCCUAUUCUGGUGCUCAGUGGACAGGCUGGAUACGCUUGUAUAACUUGACCUUUCUUGUCGGACUUGCUAUGAGCUUUUUUGUAUUUUGGGUAUUGUGCCACUUUUUCCCUCCCACAGGACUCGGGGAGGAAGCAGCUUUUGCUCAUGAGGAAGUUUUGUAUGGCGUUUCAAAGCCUGCAAGGAGUGAUAAAUGUGAAUUUACAGUGCAGGAAGGAGAGAAAGAAGUGGCGGUUGCAAAUGUCGUCUAA